AUGGGGGGACGCGCACGGAGCUGCGGCGCUGCGGUGAUCCUGCUCGCCAUCGUUUGCUCCUGCCGGGGCGUCAUGCUGGAGUCGAUCCACUGGAGCAGCUCCAACUCAAAAUUCACUCCCGGUCAGGGUUUGGUACUCUACCCUCAGAUAGGGGACAAGAUGGACAUCGUGUGCCCCCGGGCUGACCCCUCCUCAGGGAGGACAGAGGAGUUCUACAAAGUCUACCUGGUGACCAAAAGUCAGAUGGAGAGCUGCGGCGUGGCCAAGACUGACACGCCCUUGCUGAACUGUGACAAGCCUGACCAGGACGUCAAGUUCACGUUCAAGUUUCAGGAGUUCAGCCCAAACCUCUGGGGCCUGGAGUUCCUCAAGGGGAAGGACUAUUACAUCACCUCCACCUCCACAGGAUCUCUGAGAGGUCUGGAGAAUACCAAAGGAGGGGUGUGCAGGACCAAAUCCAUGAAACUGGUGCUGAGAGUUGGCCAGAACUCCUCUGAUUCACUUUUAACACUUCAGGAGUCACCAACCAGGUUCCCACCUGCACCACCAAAGACCAAGACCAAGGAUGUCAUCUCGAAAGAUGUGGGUUCUGAAGCCGGACAGACUGACUCUUCUGGGCCAGGACUCAUUGCGUGGGUCAUUUCCUGCAGCUUGAGCCUCCUGCUGGUCAUUGUAGUUGUUUUAGUGGUGCUGUGGAGGUACUAUCAACGUCGCCGUGUUCCUGACCGCCAGCGGCGGCAGCAGCAGCAGCAGCACCAGCCGCCUGCCUCCGUAUCCCUCAGCACUUUGGCUGUGCCGAAGCGGGACAGCUUUAGCAGCGACAAUGACGGCUCAGACCGCAGCGAGGUUGUCUUCCCUCUGCGGCCUUCUGAGAGUAUGAUCUGCCGUCACUACGAGCGUGUGAGUGGUGAAUAUGGCCCUCCUGUGUAUAUAGUUCAGGAGAUAAUGCCUCAGAGCCCCACCAACGUCUACUACAAAGUCUAAUAAGCUCCUCUAAUGACUUCUUCUGAAAUACAGCACUACUCCAGCUGUCACGUUUAAGCUAAUGUGAGUCGUGUGUGUUAAAAGCUGGAUUGCACUGU